AUGUCCGCAGCCGCCGAGCUGCCCCCCAGGACUCCGCUGUCCUUCCCCGGUCGCCCAGCCAUGCUCCGGGCAGCCGGAGACCGGGGCUGCCCCUGGCGGGAGCGACACGCCCCUGGGCUGCCCAGCGCCACUCGAUGCCCACUCCAGGGCCGGGGCAGCUCUGCUGACUGCCCAGGCCGGAACCAGUGUGUUGGAGUGGGCGAAGGCCGGGCGUGCUGGAGUCUGGGGAACGCUUACGUGUCCAUGGGGAGCCCAGCGCAGGCCCUGACCUUCGCCAAGAAGCACCUGGAGAUCUCCCAGGAGGUGAGCCCGGCGCCCCCCGCUGCGCCCUCCAGCCCUGCCCCUGCCGCUGCUCCCACACCCCUGCCUCAGCAAAGGGGCUUCCUGAGUGCUCCGCGGGGCCGUGGGUGGGGCAGGGGCCUGCUUGGCACCCAGAGAAUGUUCACAUCCCCGUGGCGGACCACGGCCAGUCCUGCUGGCCCUGCUGGAUGUGGGCCUGGCCAGGACAUGGGGCUGCCCGACACCCAAAGUGGACAUGACUUGCCAGAGGCAGCGUGGGGCGUGAAGGCCUGGUCCUGGGGGCUCCCUGAGACCCCCCCAUGGCACCCCUGGGCUGUCCACCUGCCUGGGGCCACCUCCCCCGUCCUGCAGGGCCCGUGCAGGGGCAGGCGCUGCCGAGCAGAAUGGGGCUCCCCUGCGCUCGCGACCUGCACCCGCGACCCAGCAGUCCCCACCGGCCCCCUGGAGCGCCUGGUGGCCAGAAGCGGGACCCACCUCCCGGCCAGGGCAGGAGCAGGGCGCUGCCCCCGUCUCCCCCUCCCCGCGAGGACCCCCGGGGCCCCGGGGCCAGAACCGGGCGGCCCAGCCAGGCCCCUGCAGAGCGCCGCGCCCGUCGGCCCCCACGCGGGGCUGGCUCGGGCGCUCGGGGCUGACCGGUCGCUGCCUCCAGGGGCCAGACCCAAGGGGACGCAGAGGCUGAGCCCUGAGACCUGGCGGCUGCUGAGGCUGCCUCUGGGGCAGGAGCAGAAUGGAGACAGCCCCGGGCUGGCCCCUGUGAAGCCGGACCGGGAGACCGCAGACCUCGGGGGCCUGGGCUGGGGGAUGGCCACGGAGGGGGCGCACAGCCACAGGGGUGGGCGUGCGGUCAGUCCCCUGGAAGCCGUGGUGGCCAGUGCCCGCUGCCCGCCUGGGCGCCACUCCGUGGCGUCUCCCCGAGUCCCUGCAGCCCAGGGGCGACUCACCAGUGCAGCCCAUGGAGGGAAGGGCCGGGCCCUCGGCACCGUCUUCCCGGACACCCACAGAGGGCCCAGCCCCACGUGCCUGCUGCCCCUGGGCUUGCCCACCGACUCGGGGCCGGGCGCCCCUCCCCAGGGCACCCCCGGCGCCCCGUCCUUGGAGGAGGACUGCUUCCUUGACCUGCUGAGCAAGUUCCAGAGCAGCCGCAUGGACGACCAGCGCUGCCCGCUGGAGGAUGGCCAGCCCGGGGCUGAAGAGUCAGCCUCUUUCCUGGGGGCAGCUGGGGACACGGGCAUAGACCCCACCCCGCCCAGCCAGGGCCUGCAGGGCGCCGCCCAGGGGCAGUGA